AUGUAUACCACUAAAGACGAGAACCCUUAUGGAUGGGGCGCCUUGGGUCCCACUGUUUUCAAAAGAGGAAGAGAUACCGGCAGUGUGAAUCCAAACCACAGAAACAUAAGCAAAGACAGUGGAGUAUCUGUUACUCGAAACACCGACAUCCGGUCUUCCCGCACUCCAGCGGGACAUGACACCAGUCGAGAGGCAGAAAUAGAACCUGCAACCCGGUUCGAUAAGAACAUUGGGUCAACGGUGGCAAAACAAAUUUAUAGCAGCAACGACACAUCUUUACUGCAGUUAGGUAUAGGCGUGAAUCGAAACGAGGUGAUCGCGAAUAAGAGAAACGAUAGUUCAGCGGAGCGAAACUAUGCACAUAGACAUGAUAAAAGAUAUCAACAGUCAAUAGACCCGAGGACCACAUUGAAUGCGCACCCGCUGUCAUCGGAACCGGAAGUCCAUGAACGCGGGUUACAAGCCACGUAUAGAUCAGUGACCGCUGUUAGUGUUGACACGUUUGACGACCCAACUUUUUCUACAACCCCUGCUGCUCCUACAACCACCGCUGCUUCUAUGACCACAGCUGUCCCAGGAACCACAACUGAUCCUAAAACCACAGCUGCUCCUACAACCCCUGAUGCGCCUACAACCACAGCUGCACCUACAACCACAGCUGCUACAACCACCGCUGCUCCUAUAACCACAGCUGCUCCUACAACCAUAGCUGCUCAUACAACCCAUGAUGCUCUUACAACCACCGCUGCUCAUACAACCACAGCUGCUCUUACAACCCAUGCUGCUCUUACAACCACCGCUGCUCAUACAACCACCGCUGCUCCUACAAACACAACUGAUCCUACAACCAUAACUUCUCCUACAACCACAGCUGCUCCUACAACCACAGCUGCUCCUACAACCCCUGCUGCUCCAACAACCACAGCUGACCCUACAACCACAGCUGCUCCAACAACCACAGCUGCCCCUAAAACUACAGCUACACCUACAACAGCCGCACCUAUCACCACUGCACCUUCUACCGCUACACCUUCUACAGCUCCACAUACAACAGCUGCACCUAAUACAGCUGCACCUACUACAUCUGCUUCUACUACAGCUGCACCUCCUACAGCUGCACCUCCUACAGCUGCAAAUACUACAGCUGAAACUAUUACAUCUGAACCUAUUACAGCUGCACCUAUUACAGCUUCACCUACUACAGCUGCACCUAUUACAGCUGCACCUAUUACAACUGUACCUGCUACAGCUGCACCUACCACAGCUGGACCUACUACAGCUGCACCUACCACAGCUGGACCUACUACAGCUGCACCUACUACAGCUGCUCCAACUUCAGCUUCACCAGCUACAGCUGCUCCUACUACUUCUGUACCUAUUACACCUGCACCUACUACAGCUGCACCUACUACAGCUACACCUGCUACAGCUGCACCUACUACAGCUGAAACUACUACAGCUGCACCUACUACAGCUGCAUCUACUUCAGCUGCACAUACUACAGCUGCUCCUACUACAGCUGCACCUACUACAGCUGCAUCUUCUACAGCUGCACAUACUACAGCUGCACCUACUACAGCUGCACCUACAACAGCUGUACCUACUUCAGCUGCUCCUAUUACAGCUUCACCUUCUACACCUACAGCUCCAGCUGAACCUACUACAGUUGCACCUACUACAACUGCACCUACUACAUCUACACCUACUACAGCUGUACCUACUACAGCUGCUCCUGCAACAGUUGCAACUACUACAGCUAAACCUACUACAGCUGUACCUACUACAGCUACACCUACUACAGCUGCUGCACCUACUACAGCUGCACCUACUACAGCUACACCGACUACAGCUCUACCUACAACAGCUACACCUGCUCCAGCUGUACCUACUUCAGCUGCACCUAGUACAGCUGCACCUACUACAGCUACACUUACUACAGCUGUACCUACUACAGCUGCUCCUACAACAAUUGCAACUACUACAGCUACACCUACUACAGCUGUACCUACUACAGCUGCACCUACUACAGCUGCUGCACCUACUACAGCUGCACCUACUACAGCUACACCGACUACAGCUGCACCUACUACAGCUACACCUGCUCCAGCUGCACCUACUACAGCUGCACCUACUACAGCUGCACCUACUACAGCUUCGACUACUACAGCUUUACCUACUACAGCUGCUCCUACAACAGUUGCAACUACUACAGCUACACCUACUACAGCUGAACCUACUACAGCUACACCUACUACAGCUGCUGCACCUACUUCAGCUGCACCUACUACAGCUUCACCGACUACAGCUGUACCUACAUCAGCUACAUCGCUCCAGCUGCACCUACUACAGCUACACCUACUACAGCUGCUGUACCUACAACAGCUGCACCUACAACAGUUACACCUACUACAGCUACAUCUACUACAGCUGCACCUACAUUAG